AUGCCAGGUCAGGCUGAUGACCUACAAGUGUCACAAACUGGUGGCUAUGUGACCGAAGCAUAUGCAGAAGCUAUCGCUGAUGGGGAUUCACCAGGGGGCCUUAGUCAAUGCUGGCUGCCAACACAAGCAGACAACCAGCAACAACAAUGUUGCCCGGAAUGCUUAUCGUAG